CGUGCUGACGCUGCCGGAGCGCGAGCGGCGUGCGGUCUCCUCUCCAUCUCCUUCUUCUCUCCCUCUCUCCAUCUCUCUCUCUCCUCUCCUCUUCUCUUCUCUUCUCUUCUCUUUAGUUUAGUUUUCUUCCUCCAACAUGGCGGCCGCCGGCCUGCUGCUGCUCGCGCUCUCCGCGGCGGGCUGCGCGCGGCGGGACGUGCUCGAGCUCGGCGACGCGGACUUCGACUACCUGGCGCCGGAGCACGAGACGCUGCUGGUCAAGUUCUACGCUCCAUGGUGUGGUCACUGUAAGAAGUUAGCUCCAGACUUUGAGAAGGCGGCGUCGCGGCUGAAGGGCGUCGUCCAGCUGGCCAAGGUGGACUGCACAGUCAACAGUGAGACCUGCAGUCGUUUCGGUGUGUCUGUCUAUCCGACCCUGAAGAUCUUCAGGAACGGAGUCAACUCUGCACACUACGAUGGACCACGCACUGCCGAUGGUAUAUUCCACUACAUGAAGAAGCAGACGGGCCCGAACUCUGUUCCUCUGCAGACUGAGGAAGACCUCCAGGCCUUCAUCAACCACUUCGACGCCAGCAUUGUCGGUGUGUUCUCAGGCCCAGACAGUGCUGCUCUGGCAGAGUUCCUGAAGGCAGCGAGCAUCAUGAGGGAGCAGUUCAGGUUUGCCCACAGCACCGAGCCCGGCCUGGGGGCGUCGCACGGAGCCACCGCCGAGAGUGUGUUGCUCUUCAGACCCCCCCGGCUGGCCAGCAAGUUUGAGGACAGUGUUGUUGUGUUCAAGGGCCAUCUGACCAUCGGGUCUCUGCGCCGCUUCAUCAGAGACAACAUUCAUGGUCUGUGUCCUCACAUGACGGUGGAGAACAAAGACAGGUUGCGGGUUCGAGACCUGCUGACUGUUUACUACGACCUGGACUACCAGCACAACAUCCCGGGAUCCAACUACUGGAGGAACAGGGUGAUGAAGGUGGCGUCUCAGUUUGCGUCUCGGGGUCUGACCUUCUCAGUGGCCAAUAAGAAGGACUUCCUGUCCGAGCUGGAGGAGGAGUUUGGGCUGGGAGCCUCGGACGGAGCAGAGCUGCCCUUCGUCACCGUCCGGACCAAACUGGGCCACAAGUUCACCAUGAGGGAGGAGUUCACGAGGGAUGGGAAGUCCCUGGAGAGAUUUUUAGAGGAUUACUUCUCAGGUCGACUCAAACGCUACAUCAAGUCUGAACCUGUUCCUGAGAAAAACAACGCCGCUGUCAAGGUGGUGGUGGCGGAGACGUUCGAUGACAUCGUUAACAGUCCAGACAAAGACGUGCUGAUUGAGUUUUACUCUCCGUGGUGUCCGCACUGCAAGAAACUGGAGCCGGUCUACAGAGAGCUGGCUGACACGUUGUAUGCUGACCCCAACAUCGUCAUUGCCAAGAUGAACGCUGCUGCAAACGAUGUUCCACUGGGCUACGACGUACAGGGGUAUCCGACCAUUUACUUUGUCCCCGCGGGCAAGAAAGACGAGCCCAUACGAUACGAGGGAGGACGAGAGGUCAGGGACUUCCUCAAGUUCCUGAAGAGGGAGGCGAGCCAUGGCCCGGUAGUCAGCGGGGGGCGGGACGAGCUCUGAGCCGGACACCUGCCGCCGAACCUGCUGGUCUCCAUGGCAACAGCACACAGGGAGGGCGGGAACUGUGAUUGGACGGUCGUGUCCAGACCGGGGCCGUCCGUCCUGAUGUGCUCCCAAAAACACAAACAAACACAAACAGCACCGCCCAUCAGGCCCAGUUCCUCAAUGCGGCUUGAACUGGUUUCAUCUUUCAACAUGAAGUUUGGCCGUCAUCAGCAGAGACUUGACUUUUAUACUUUUAACGCCUUUUUGAGCGCCAGGAAGCCGCUUUCAUUUGUGUGAACUCAGCUGAUGGACCGCGCCAGAAUCCUCUUUUACUUUUGUUUGUUUAAAAUCUGCCAGGCAGUCGGAUGGACACGCAGCUGACUGGAUCUCUUCAAAAAAAAAAAAAAAAAUUACGGGAUGUCCUGUGAUGACGCCUCCCACUCGUCCUUUUUCCUCUGUCCUUCAGCGCCAUCAUUCAGAAGCAGAGGCUCAUGGGAAGCACAGGUUGUCAUGCUGUGAACUGCAGCGGCAGGAAGAAAACAGGAAGUUUUUCACAAAGACAACGUUUGUUUGUUUGUCACCUUCACUUUCCUUCGUUCACAUGAUGCGACCAAAGCGAUGCGCUCAGUGCCAGACGGAGCGCGAGCGUAUCGGCGAACAUCACAGCCGCCUUCCUGUCUCCUUUAGUUUCCUUUAGUAGGACCAGUUCAGGUCCUACUGAUCACCCCGACAUACCUCAAAGUGCCCAAAGUGCUCACUUAUUUAAAGCCCCGCCCCUCCGUCUCCACCUGGCCUGAACCUGAUCAGUCUCUGUCUCCUCAGAGCGUCUUGAGAUCUGAUCUCUCAGGAUACAGUCGCCCACCUUUCCAGUUCAGCUUCAGGUUGGUUUCCCCACCUGAGCGUCGAACCCGACCCUCUGAGCCGCUGGGCUGAACGUGAGAGUCCAGUCUGUAAAAACCUCCGUCUUGUUUCACUGACGGCGCAUUAAAUUAAUUUAAAACACGGCUGUUUUUACUUUUGUUUUCUGAGUGGAAGGAGGACGAGCUAAGAGUUGGACCGCGUGGCGAACCGCCUGUCCCUCUGCAUGUUUAUGUGCACAUAGAGUGGAAAGGUGAGAUCCAAUCACAGGUGGGCAGGUGUGGUAACCCCGGGUGUGACUGGACAGGCUGAAAGCUGUCCAGCUGUGAUUGGAUCAGCCAGGUCACAUGUUCAUGCCAGGUGGAAACCGGACAGUGAGCGUCCAAACAUACAGCUGAGCUUUGGUUUUGAUGAUGAUGAUGAUGAUGAUGAUGAUGAUCUUUAUGGUCAUGGAAGCUGCAGCAGGCCGGCCCUGCAGGGACAAAUAAAGCCUGAAUCUGAAGGUUCUCCGUUAUUUAAAAGGCCUGAACGGGUUCCAACAGAGACCCGACAGAACCCAAACGUUCUCAGCUGACCAAGAGUACCCAAAUAUGUUAUGGUUAUUAUAUUUAUUAUGGACACACCACAGUGUUCCCAAACACGCUGACUAGCUUGAUGACUUGAACGCCGCGCACUGAAAUAAAAGUAAAUUAAAGUAAAUUUUAAAAAAAGUCCCCACGAGUGCAGGAUGUGGAGAAGGAGCCGGAGGACCUGGACUGUCUGCUGCUCUCGCUGCCACUGCUUGUUUAUUUUAUGCACAAUAUUUAUGCAACUAAUUUAUUUCCUGUUGAGUGUGAACUGUUUUUUUUUUGCAGCUCGGCUCCAUCACAGCACAUCUCCGCUGGUUUGUUUUCCUCCAGGUGAGCUGUGCUUUGUCUCUGCAGCUGAAGGGAAUCACCGUUGCUGUUUACAGAAACUUUAUUUUUGACGUAUUUAUUCACUUUUUGUACAUUUGUGAAAAGAUGAUGGUUAUUUAUUAGUGGAAAUGUCAGUUAUGAGUGAGUAGCUGUUCACUGGAUGUUUUGUUUGUCGUCAGAAAGUUUUUUUAAUGUUUGUCUGAGAUGUUUUGCUGUUACUGUCUGUUUCACUGAGGAAGCAGCUGCUGAGAGAAAUGAUUAAAAAGCUGCCACUGACUUUGA